AAAGAGACCAGUCUUUGGAGCAAGGACUUCGUACAGCACCAAUUUAUAGUGAAUCUGCAAUUCUCUGACAGAACGAAUUGAGAAGACGAGCAUGUGAAACUUUAAUUUAGCGGCGAAGUGAAGAGAAUGAAAAGGAACCGUCUGCGCUCUUACGAUUCAGCACGCUGGACAGCGCGCGCAAGUUGCGCCUCGUUCGACUUUUGGAGUUAAUUUUUGUCUAUAAGAAGAGUACAAACAACCAACACACGAGGAAUCAUGCGUGUUAUAACGUGCUCACAAUCACCGUGGCUAGACGUACUUCGAUAAUACUUCUGGAGUGAGAAAUGGACUUUGCGGAAAUUCUGGUUGCCUUGUUUAUCGUUGUGAUCGCGGUUGUUUCUUUGUUGUCGAACUUGCUGGUGUUACUAUGCUUCAUCAACAGCAGCGAGAUACGCAAACAGGUGCCGGGGAUAUUCGUUAUGAACCUCUCCUUUUGCAACAUACUGAUCACUAUCGUGAACAUGCCAUCUACUUUGGUGGGGAUUAUAAGAAAACAGCAGCCCUUUGGAGAUUGCCUCUGUCACGCAGUCAGCUUUCUAGAGACCUUCUUGACUGCCAACACGAUGCUGAGCAUGGCAGCCCUCAGUAUAGACCGCUGGAUCGCCGUAGUCUUCCCGCUAAGUUACUCCAGUAAAAUGCGCUAUCGGGACGCGCUGGUUAUGGUGUGUUACUCGUGGCUUCACUCGCUCACAUUCUCCCUCAUCGCAUUGCUUUCCUCCUGGGUUGGCUACCACCAUGUUUACGCAUCCUGCACGCUGCAUCUGACCGAGGAGAACGCACGGAUUAAGUUUACUGUGUUCACCGUUGUGUACCAUGCCACCAGUUUCAUGCUUUCGCUCCUGAUUUUGUGCGUCACAUAUUUAAAGGUUUUAAAAGUUGCACGCUUUCACUGCAAGAGGAUUGACAUUAUAACCAUGCAGACCCUCUUCUUACUGGUAGAUAUACAUCCAAGUGUUAAACAACGCUGUAUUGCCGAACAAAAAAAGAGGAAACAGCGCGCGACCAAGAAAAUCAGUAUUUUCAUUGGCUCAUUUAUUAUCUGCUUCGCUCCUUAUGUGAUAACCAGGCUGGCAGAGCUCCUUCCUUUUGUGGACAUCAACCGGCACUGGGGCAUUUUCAGCAGGUGUUUAACAUACAGCAAGGCUGCUUCAGACCCUUUUGCAUACUCCCUCUUGCGGCAGCAGUACAAAAAAGCCCUGGUUACAGGAGCCAACCGGCUUCUGAAACGUGACUUGUACCCUUCUUCUGGACACAACAGCUCAUUGGACACAGAAAAUGAUUACUGUCUCCAAAGAAUCAGUUAA